UCCCCAGCCCGCUCACAACCUCUGGAAUCCCUACCGGGUACCAGGGCAUCCAUUCAAAGGCACCGGGGUCCUCCUCAUGCCUGGCCAGGCCAGGCUCACCAACUCCCUCCACCCCUGCUCAUCAGGCUGGCUGCCAGUCUCCAGCUCCCUGCCAGCCUCAGCCAUGAACCACUGGAAGAAGGACCACCUGGGUGCCUGCAGCUCAGAACCCCUCCCGGUAGUCAUCAUUGGUAAUGGCCCCUCGGGCAUCUGCCUGUCCUAUCUGCUCUCCGGCUACACCCCCUACCUGAAGCCAGACACAGUCCACCCGCACCCCCUGCUGCAGAGAAAGCUGGCAGAGGCCCCAGGAGUCUCCCUCUUGGACCAGAACCUGGACUACCUGUCAGAAGGCCUGGAAGGCCGCAGCCAGAGCCCUGUGGCCCUGCUCUUUGAUGCCCUCCUGCGCCCAGACACAGACUUUGGGGGGAACCUGGAGUCCGUCCUCAUCUGGAAGCACCAGAAGGAACGAGCCAUCCCCCACCUGGUCCUGGGUCGGAACCCACCUGGGGGAGCCUGGCAUUCCAUUGAAGGCUCCAUGGUGACCCUGAGCCAGGGCCAAUGGAUGGGGCUCCCAGACCUGCAGGUGAAGGACUGGAUGUGCAGGAAACGAAGAGGCCUUCGAAACAGCCGGGCCACUGCCGGUGACAUCGCUCAGUACUACAGGGAUUACGUGAUCAAGAAGGGGCUGAGUCGCAACUUCCUGUCGGGAGCUGUGGUCACAGCCGUGGAGUGGCAGGUUCCCGAGCCCACAGGCUCCAGCCCCCUGUUCCAGGUGUGUGGCUUCCAUACUGCCAAAGACCAGAGCCAGGAGCCCUUCUCACUGUACACCCGCAACCUGGUCCUGGCCACUGGCACAUCAGACAGCCGGGCGCGGCUGGGCAUCCCCGGGGAGAACCUGCCCUUCGUCCACCACCAGCUGUCAGCCCUGGAGGUGGCGGCGAGGGCGGGCACCGUGACCCCGAACUCGGACCCGGUGCUGAUUGUGGGCGCGGGGCUGUCGGCGGCUGAUGCAGUACUGUUUGCACGCCACUUGGGCCUCCCGGUGAUCCACGCCUUCCGCCGGCCAGUGGACGACCCCGGCCUGGUCUUCAACCAGCUGCCCAAGAUGCUGUACCCCGAGUACCACAAGGUGCACCAGAUGAUGCGGGAGUGCUCCAUCCUGUCACCCGGCCCAUAUGAGGGAUAUCGCAGCCUCCCUGAGCAUCAGCUGCUGCUGCUGCAGGAGGACGGCCAGGCAGUCUUUUGCGACCCCCAGGGCCUGCACAAGGGUUUCGGGGUCUCCCUGGUGCUGGUGCUCAUUGGCUCGCACCCGGACCUCUCCUUCCUCCCCGGGGCUGGCACAGACCUGGCUACAGACCCCACCCAACCCCUGAGCGCCAAGAGGAACCCCAUUGAGGUGGACCCCUUCACCUACCAGAGCACCCGCCAGGAGGGCCUGUAUGCUGUGGGGCCGCUGGCUGGGGACAACUUUGUGCGCUUCGUGCAGGGGGGAGCCCUGGCCGUGGCCAGUUCCCUGCAGCAGAAGGAGGCCACCAAGCCACCUUAGCACCCCACCUGGCAUCCUGGCACCCUGAAGGGAAAGGGAGAUCACCACCGCCUGGCCAGAUGCCCCUGUAAGGGAAGGGGGCCUAUCUGGCUGGAGACUGGAGGCCUAGAGCCCUGCCACGGGCCUCUCCGAGGAAGAGGAGCAGGGAAUCCAGGCUGCACGACUCAGGCCGGCACCUGGAGCAGGAGCAGUGACUGCAGGCCCAGGCAGAUCAACACCACAGUGGCGUUUAAGCUGCCAGCGUGAGCAGGGGCUUUGGGGUGGGCUGAGCACCCAGUGGGAGGACUGUGGGCUCUGCUCCUUCCAGAGUCAGGUCCAAAAUAAAACCAGCGCCCACCUCCA